AUGGAACAAGCUAACAACAGAGAACCCCGAUUUCCAACAUCCGACUCCUCCAAAUUUGGUGUCAUCUGCAAAGAGCAGACUGAAGGAACUGACAACAAGGCCAAGGGAGAACCACAACAGCUUCCACUGGAAGGAAAAGUGCAAAGAAGAAACACUGGAGUAAAACAGAAGAGGGGGAAUGAAUCCUGUACUUCUCGGAGUGCUUUAUACCAGAACAUCCUGCGAUUCCAUGGAAAGAUUAAUUGUGAUGUGUGCGGGAAAACAUUCACUUAUAAAUCAGAGUUUGAUAGACACUUGAGAGUCCACACAGGGGAGAAACCAUAUAAAUGCUUGCAGUGUGGAAAGUGCUUUGCUCGGAGUACACAAGUUAGUUCCCAUCAACGUAUCCACACUAGGGAGAAACCAUAUAAAUGCUUGGAGUGUGGGAAGAGCUUUGCUUGGAGUUCACAGAUUACUAAACAUCAGCGAAUCCACACAGGGGAGAAACCAUAUAAAUGCUUGCAGUGUGGAAAGAGCUUUGCUCAGAGUACAGCCCUUACUGUCCAUCAACGAAUCCACACUGGGGAGAAACCAUACAAAUGCUUGCAGUGUGGUAAGAGCUUUUCUCAGAGUUCAGAGGUUAUUGUCCAUCAACGAAUCCAUACAGGAGAGAAACCAUAUAAAUGCUUGCAGUGUGGAAAGACCUUUGCCAAGAGUUCACACCUUACUAUCCAUCUACGUAUCCACACAGGGGAGAAACCAUAUAAAUGCUUGCAGUGUGGAAAGAGCUUUGCUCAGACUACAGCCCUUACUGUCCACCAACGAAUUCACACUGGGGAGAAACCAUAUAAAUGCUUGCAGUGUGGUAAGAGCUUUGCUAAGGGUACAGCCCUUACUGUGCACCAACGAAUUCACACUGGGGAGAAACCAUAUAAAUGCUUGCAGUGUGGUAAGAGCUUUGCUCAGAGUUCAGCAGUUACUGUCCAUCAACAAAUCCAUACAGAAAAACUGUCGCAAUGCUUGCAGUGUGGAAAGACCUUUGCUCGGGAUUCCACACUUCCUGCCCAUCAACAGGCUGACCUGCACUCCCAGAAUGAACAGAUCGCACUGCAAUGCAACCAAGGCUCUUUCACCAUGUUUUACAUUGCCCUGGGCUACAUGGGCUUCCUGGCUGCCAUCUCUUUUACAUUGGCUUUCCUGGCCAGGAAGCUGCCUGGAGCUUUCAAUGAGGCCAAGAUGAUCACCUUCAGCAUGCUGAUCAAGGAGGAUUGA